GUACAAAAUUUGUGAAGCAGAACUAUUAAAGUCAAAGGGAGAAACACCCGGAAGAAAGAGAAAAACAACCGUCGUCAACUGUCGUGUCGGCAUCUCCACCUGUGACCACCGGCUGAAAAGAGCAAAAACCGCCGUCCUUAACCACCGCGUCAGCCGGCACUUCAUCGGUUACUAACGUUUAAGCUGACGGAAGUAAAGAAAAAUGUCCAUUUUGCACUUAACCUCUUUCAUUUUCAACACUAAAACCACCGUUAAACCCUGCUACCUCACUUCAUUUCUUCCUAAUUCUUCAAUCUCAAACUCUAGAUUUAGAAAAUUUACAAUUCAUUCAACCUUUUCAUCAUUCAAUGAUCCACAAGAUUUUUUUGUACCAAAAUCUCCGGGCAAUAAACUCAACCAAAACGACAGCGAUUCUGAUGAUAAACAAAUCUUAUUUGUUGAUGAGUGGGGUGAGAGGUCGGAACCGGAUACCCGACCCGGGACGAAGUUAUCAGAAUCGGAUCCUCCUAUAAAUGAUGACGAAUGGGGCAGAGGAGCUGAGCUAGUGGGGAGCAGCAAAAAUUCAGGAAUUGAAGAUGAGUGGGGCGAGAAGUCGUAUUCGGAGCCCCGACCCGUACCAACGGUGUCGGAUUCGGAUCCUCCUAGAGACGAAGACGAAUGGAUCGGAGCUAAGCCAGUUGGAAACAACACUGACCGGGUUAUAAAUGAGAGCGUUUCUGAUAAUAAAACCACGUUGGAUCCGGAGCCCCGACCCGUAACGCGAUUACCGGUUUCGGAUCCUCCGAAAGGUGAAGAAGAGAGGGUUGCAGAGCUGAAAAGGUGCUUAAUGGACACGGUUUAUGGUACAGAAUUUGGGCUCAGGGCCUCAUCGGAGAUGCGAGCCGAGGCUCUGGAGCUGGUUUCUCAGUUGGAGGCGGCAAAUCCAACUCCAAGCCCAGUUGAAUCACCUGAGUUGCUUGAUGGGAACUGGAUUUUAGCGUUUACAGCAUUCUCUGAGUUGUUACCUCUUCUGGCUGUGGGCACCAUUCCUUUCUUGAAGGUUGAAAAGAUUAGCCAAACGAUUAGUACAAGCAGCCUUACCAUAGAGAGCUCAACUACAUUAUCAAGCCCUGUUGCCACCUCUUCUUUCAGUGCAACUGCUGCCUUUGAAGUUCGAAGUCCGUCAAGAAUACAGGUUCAAUUCAAAGAAGGGACAUUUAAUCCUCCAGAGGUUAAGUCAAAAAUAAAUCUGCCAGAAAAUGUGGAUAUCUUUGGCCAAAAGAUAAGUUUGUCACCUGUACAGCAAUCUCUGGGUCCUCUGGAAAAUGCUGUGGCAGCUAUAGCCCGAGCUAUUUCUGGUCUGCCUCCUCUCAAGAUUCCGAUUCCAGGUGAGAGGACAAAGUCUUGGCUUAUUACGACAUACCUUGACAAGGAUCUCCGGAUUUCAAGAGGAGAUGGUGGCCUUUUUGUUCUUGUUAAGGAAGAGAGUUCUCUUUUAGACCAGUAGCCAGGUCUGAUCUCUGUAUAUUGUAUAGUGAUAUAUAGAGGUCUUAGGAGCUUCAUUUAUACAAUAUAGAAUAUACAACACAUUGUUUGUAAAGGGAGAUACAUCUCACAUUUUUAUGUAUAAGAUGCCAUUUGUGUAGCCAUUACUCACAGUGGAAGGAACCAAAAAUUGGAAAUGAACAACAUUUGCAUCUAAUAUGAUGUUAUUUUGAAGUUCCGGGGUAUUUAGGAACUGGUGUACCCUGCAUGAACGCAUGAUGCUUUGUGCACUAGAUUGCCCAUGUCCCGUUUGUAACAACUUAUGUCACUUUGUCUUCUCUUGAGGUCAAUUUUUUUGUUUAAUUGCAAAAUCAUAUCAAGAA